GAGCAAGGAGCAGGGUUUCACCUUCAGCCCCAGACGGGCGAAGCAGGGGCGGAAGGGAAGGCAGAGUCCAGGGCUUCCCAUCCCGGGCCUGGGGCGUAGGCCCCUCUGCGGUGGGCGAGAGAGCGGAGGGCAGGGAAGGCCGCGGCCGCGGAUGGGUGCUUCCCGCCCCGGUGUGACUGGGAGGACGGAGGCUGCGACGGCAGCCGAGCCCACCCAGCUGCAGCCGGCUCGGGACGCAGGGCAGGGGCAGGAGGUGACCACCGCGCCGCUGGCCGCCUCGCCCAGACAUUCCAUUUCUGCCGCUGGAAUGCGCGGACAAGGAUCCUUGUUGGUCUUGGGCGGGGUUCCCCGGGCCCGCCUGGCGUUCGAGGCCCCGGGGCGGGCGUGGCGUGGCCGGGCGGGCGUGGCCCGAGGCCGCGGGACCUUUAAAUCGGCGCCUUGCGUGGGCUCCCAGCCCCCGACGGACACAGCGAGGCCAGCCGAGCCCAUCAUGCCGCGCCCGGCCCCCGCGCGCCGCCUCCCGGGGCUCCUCCUGCUGCUCUGGCCGCUGCUGCUGCUGCCGCCCCCCGCCGUCCCCGACCCCGUGGCCCGCCUGGGCUUGCGGAGGCUGGGGACCCGCGGCCCCGGGGGCAGCCCUGGAAGCCGCCCCUCUCCCGUGGCUCCCGACGGCGCGCCCUCUUCAGGGGCCAGCGAGCCCGGCCGCGCCCGCGGCGCAGGUGUUUGCAAGAGCAGGCCCUUGGACCUGGUGUUUAUCAUUGAUAGUUCUCGUAGCGUACGGCCCCUGGAAUUCACCAAAGUAAAAACUUUCGUCUCCCGGAUAAUCGACACUCUGGACAUCGGGCCGGCCGACACACGGGUGGCAGUAGUGAACUAUGCUAGCACCGUGAAGAUUGAGUUCCAACUCCAGGCCUACACAGAUAAGCAGUCCCUGAAGCAGGCUGUGGGUCGAAUCACACCCUUGUCAACAGGCACCAUGUCAGGCCUGGCCAUCCAGACAGCAAUGGAUGAAGCCUUCACAUUGGAGGCAGGUGCUCGAGGGCCCUCCUCUAAUGUUCCUAAGGUGGCCAUUAUUGUCACAGAUGGGAGGCCCCAGGACCAGGUGAAUGAGGUGGCGGCUCGGGCCCGAGCUUCUGGUAUUGAGCUCUAUGCUGUAGGCGUGGACCGGGCAGACAUGGAGUCCCUCAAGAUGAUGGCCAGUGAGCCCCUAGAGGAGCAUGUUUUCUAUGUGGAGACCUAUGGGGUCAUUGAGAAACUGUCCUCUAGAUUCCAGGAAACCUUUUGUGCGCUGGACCCGUGCAUGCUCGGAACGCAUCAGUGCCAGCACGUCUGCAUCAGUGAUGGGGAGGGCAAGCACCAUUGCGAGUGUAGCCAAGGAUACACCUUGAAUGCUGACAAGAAAACAUGUUCAGCUCUUGAUAAGUGUGCUCUUAACACCCAUGGAUGUGAGCACGUCUGUGUGAAUGACAGAAGUGGCUCUUAUCAUUGUGAAUGCUAUGAAGGUUAUACCUUGAAUGAAGACAGGAAAACUUGUUCAGCUCAAGACAAAUGUGCUUUGGGUACCCAUGGGUGUCAGCACAUUUGUGUGAAUGACAGAACGGGGUCCUAUCACUGUGAAUGCUAUGAGGGCUACACUCUGAAUGCAGAUAAAAAAACAUGUUCGGCUCAAGACAAAUGUGCUUUGGGUGCCCAUGGGUGUCAGCACAUUUGUGUGAAUGACAGAACAGGUUCCUAUCACUGUGAAUGCUAUGAGGGCUACACUCUGAAUGCAGAUAAAAAAACAUGUUCAGUCCGUGACAAGUGUGCCCUAGGCUCUCAUGGUUGCCAGCACAUUUGUGUUAGUGAUGGGGCCACAUCCUACCACUGUGAUUGUUAUCCUGGCUACACCUUGAAUGAGGACAAGAAAACAUGCUCAGUGAUUGAGGAAGCACGAAGACUCGUUUCCACUGAAGAUGCUUGUGGAUGUGAAGCUACACUGGCAUUCCAAGAUAAGGUCAGCUCGUAUCUUCAGAGACUGAACACUAAACAUAUCCUUUCUGGAAGGUUUUAUGCUUCUGCCUGGAGCCAACCUAGGUACUACAAUUGAGCCAAACACUUUAAGACAUUCCACAGGCAAGUGACUGGCUUGUUAAGGUUUAAUAUGAGCAGCAGUAAUAUACAACUUAAGAAAAUUUAGAGUUCUUUUCUCAUGGUUUAAUAGACUGUUGCACUCAUUCAAUAUUUACACAUAAAAGCUGCCUAUUUCAUUCCCUAGUGCUUUUCCAUAACUGUAUAUACAGCUCCUAAUGAUGCUCUUACAUAACAGGUAGAAUAUUUAUGCUAAUGAUUCCUUAAUAUGGCUUAGUUCAGAAUCUGUAUAUGUACAAAGCAAGUCAGCUGAUAAAUGGGGUGUGACAUCUCAGAUUACACACAGUUGUACACUUUGACUAGCCAAGUGGUCAAAAAGCAGAUUUUAAAAUGUAACGUGAUACAACCUCACAAACAUUCAAAAUCAGUUCUUUCUCCAAAGGAGUAACUCUGGAAAAGUUUAUCAGAACAGUUCAAGUUUACAACUCUGUUCCUACGUACCUCAGAGGAGUGGAAUUCAGUUUGUGGUAAUCUAGGCAUCUGCAGAGACUUUUAAGGGAGGUACAGAUAGUUUCAAAGAAUCAAUUUACAAAUCUUUCACUUGCUUAAGACGCUACUUGGAAUCAGUUGGCAUUUUCUUUUCUCAUCUCUCAUUUCGGCAUCACCAUUCUCCUAACUUUACAUAAGAAAGGCAUAUUUCUGACUUACCCUAGAUCUACUCAGGUGCAUUUCUUACAAAAGUAGAAUCUUGAGAGAGCCAAACAAAGGGACAAUCCAACAAUCCCUUUAACCAAGACUUCAUAAACAUUGCUUCUCCCAUCCCUCCCACGAAGAUGCCACUCCAAUUAAAUUUUAUAUGAGCAAAAACAUCUGAAGGCCACUGCUGUGGUCUACUUUUACUGUGAUCUCUGAAGAAUAGCAUUUUUGACUUUCAGAUUGAAUUCAACUUGUGGUGAGAAAAGUUUUGCUCUUUUUUUCACUUAUCACAGGACAUAAUUAUUUUAUCUUGUGUUGAAGUGUCUGAAAGUGUUUAUAUUUUCUAACAUGUAAAAAUAAACGGUAUUGGCCUUAACAACUUGCCACUUGACGAUAUUUUGGAGAAGUUGAAAGUAAAUGAAUAGGGACAAAUACAUCGUUAAAUUGCUCCAAUUUUUCACCUGGAAAUGUGGACAGCUUGGUAUACUUCAUAUUCAUGCAUUCUUUUGCACACCUGUUAUUGCCAAUGUUCCUGCUAAUAAUUUGCCAUAACCUGUAUUAAUGCUUGAAUAUUACUGGAUAAGUUGUGUGAAGAUCUUCUGGAGAAUCAGCAUCAUUUUUUCAAGGAAAUAAAUAUGCAGAUCCUUAUUAAGAGCAAACUUUAAUGUCUCUAACUUAUGACUGUGAAAUGGUUGGUGGGAAACAGAAUGAAAAGUUUAAUGUUUCUUUAUCUACUAAUUGAGCCAUUUAAUUUUUAAAUGUUUAUAUUAAUCAGAUAACCAUAUUCACGAUGGAAACUUUAGGUCUAGUUUCUUUUGAUAAUAUUUAUAAUAUAAAUCAAUCUUAUUACCGAGAGGGCAAAUUAUACAAGGUAUUUACAGGUACAGGUUCAUAUAACUGCAAUGAAUAUAAUUUUGAACUGUUUAACACUUUUUGUUUUUUGCUUAUUUUGUGGGAAUAUUAUUGAAGAUGUGAUCAAUAGACUGUAAUCCACAUAUCUAAAAAUAGUUAAUAUAGAUCAAGUGAACAUUACAUUGCCAUUUUAAAUUCAUACUGGUCUUUAGAAGAAAUGUACUAAUAAAGAGCACUUGUUGGGAAUUUAGGGCGUUAAACUUUUUACCAAGUACAAAAAACCCUAAAUUUACUUUAUUAUUUUGCUUUAGGAUCCAACUAAUAAAGUUAUUUAUUUAUAAAAUUGCUACAAGUCAACAAAAUCUAAUGUUGUCUUUUUAAUGUUAGUAAUCCACCUGUCGCAGCUUCCCAAAGUGCUGGGAUUACAGGUGUGAAAGCCUACCUUUUUUUUACUUAUAUAUUUGAUACAUAUAAUUUUUUGGCUUUGAAACUUGCAACUUUUAGAACAAAACAGUCCUUUAAAUUUUGCACUGCUCAAUUCUUUUUUUGGUUUCUAUUGUCUUUAAUAUAAUAAAAGAUAUUACCUUUACAUAUUA